ACUCAACCCAUGUGCGUCCAUUGCUCAAGACAUUACGACUGAUUGCCAUGCCUGCCAACUGGCUUGGGUGGAGGAGGAUUUGCGAUGGAGAGGUUGAAGAUUUGCAUGGUCUCAGACUUCUUUCAUCCCGGCUUGGGCGGCGUCGAAAUGCAUAUCUAUCAGCUCUCCGAGUGCUUGAUUCAGCGGGGUCACAAGGUGAUCGUCCUCACUCACAAACGGGGUCAACGUCAGGGUGUGCGCUACAUGCGCAAUGGAUUGAAAGUGUACUACCUGCCCUUUCUUCCUUUCCAUGACAACUGUACCCUUCCAACCUUCUUAUCCUUUUUUCCGCUGAUCCGGAAAGUGCUGCUCAGAGAAGCUGUUGAUAUUGUCCAUGGGCAUCAAGCAACUUCGAAUCUAGCGCAUGAGUGUAUACUCCAUGCUCGCACGAUGGGGUACCACACCAUCUACACUGAUCACUCUCUCUUCGGCUUUGCAGACGCAGCUUGCAUUCACGUCAACAAACUUUUGAAGUUCUUUUUGACCAACGUCGAGCACUGCGUUUGCGUGUCCCACACAAAUCGAGAAAAUUUGGUACUUCGGGCCGCUUUGAAUCCUAUCAAUGUCUCGGUGAUCCCCAAUGCUGUGGACACAAGGCGCUUCCAGCCAGAUGCCUCCCAGCGCUCAAAGAAGCCCUGGGUGACAGUGGUAGUGGUGAGCCGCUUGACCUACCGCAAGGGGGUCAACUUGCUUGUGGGUGCUGUGCCUGAAAUCUGUCGCAGGCACCAGCAUGUGCGAUGGCUAAUCGGUGGCAGUGGGCCAAAGCAGCUCCUGCUGGAUGAGAUGAUCGAACGGGAGAACUUGCAUGAUCGCGUUGAAUUAUUGGGAGCUGUCCCUCACGAGGACGUGCGGAAGGUCUUGGUUAGGGGGCACAUCUUCCUUAACACCUCCUUGACAGAAGCCUUCUGCAUUGCAAUUGUAGAGGCUGCUGCGUGUGGCCUCAUGGUGGUCUCCACCAACGUAGGUGGUGUGCCUGAGGUCUUGCCGCCUCAUAUGACCAAGCUUGCUGCUCCGCGUGUUGAUGCAGUAGUUGAGGCCCUGGAAGACGCUUUGCUAUCCUUGCCUCCGCCCGAGGCUGCGCAGAGUGUGCAUGAGGAGGUCGAGAAAAUGUACUCUUGGCAGGACGUUGCAGAGCGCACUGAACGAGUCUACCGAGAGGUAGUCCUGAAGCCUUCCAUUCCUUUGAGAGAACGGUUCCUGCGCUUUUUGCGUGUGGGGCCAGUCUCUGGAAAGCUUUUCAUCCUCCUGGUGGCCUUGGACACCUUACUUUGCUGGUUCCUGGACUGGUGGCAGCCACGAGAAGAGGUUGAGAUGGCCUGGGAUUCACCGGCCUGGAGACCAUUUGAGGUGUGGCUUUCAAUCCUGUUCAGAGUUCCAGGAGUUGACUUCACAGUUACAAAGACCAACUGAAGUUUCCCUUAAAGUCUAGGAACCAAAUCAUUGCGUGAGCUAUCCGUCCUGUUCCUAGGAGCUUCCUAUUGCUGCGAACUAGUCGCCCUUAAGUAAGUAGGCACACAUUGUUACUACUAGUAAGGCACCUGUUACUACUAGCGAUGCACUUGUUUCUAGUUAGGAGUGGGCUAAGACAAGUUAGAGUUUCUAUCUUUUAGCUUUGUGCAAUUGGUACUGCCGUCAGUGAAACCAUGUGGCUCCGUGGCUCCAAAAGAUUCCAAAAGCCUUGAAAGCAAGAAGACCUGAUUGUGGGGCUUCAAAAAAACCUGCCGCGAAAGAUGCAAAAGGUAGAGAUUCGUGUAUGACUUCAAAAUCCGAGCUUAUAGCAUGGCGGGGCUGCACUGAGCUCUUUGUUUCGAGCUGCUUUGACAUGGGAGUCUUGAGGCUGUUCAGGCUAAUGGAUUUCUUGAUUGACUUGCAGAUGCUCACCCUGUCAUGCAAGCUGUCAUUUUCAGGGGCCGCAGCAAGACAUCCCGCAGAAGCCCACGAAAACAGCAGAAAUUAGCGCGCCUAUUUGUCUUCUGCAACUGUAAGCCAUGAAACGCGCAUCUUGCACGCAGGACGCAAAGAAAGCGACUGUACCAUUUCAUUCAUUGAGCUUAUUUGUGGGAUUUUCUAUGGGCAUGGUCUUUUCAGCUAUAAUCCUUCUUGACAUUUGAUAGAAAUAUAGUUUCCAAAGGUGUCAUUCAGUCGAUGCUGAUUGAAACUGCCAGGUGCUUUCUCAUGUGGCUCAAAUGAAGGGUGAAGCAUGGACUUCAACUUUGCACCCAGUGUCUGUAUGGCAGGAUGAGAGAAAAACAUUCCAGUCAGUUGACACCAGAAAAAACGACCAUACUGCAUUUUUGGACAGUUACAUGAGCACACCUGCAAUCACGCAAGUCAGUGACUCUCUGUUCCCAUGUGUUGAUUGAAUCCCUUCGAGUGUGUCCUCCAGGAAUUGGAUCAGGUGCAACUGGCAAGUGCUUGCUGAGGGGUGCAAACAACAUGCUGAGCCUGUCUCGGUACAGGAAAAUGCCUGUGCUAUCCUGUGCUAGUAUCCCAAGCCCUUUAAAUUUCUCCUUCUUGGGGGUCUGCUUCAGAGUUUGGCAUUGGGGGUUUUCCUUUCAACAAAAGUUGAGUUGUUUGAGCGAGCAUCAUACUUUGAACGAGCUUGAUUUCGCAUGAGAUGCAUAGCUUAGGCAG